AUGAGACUUUGGAGAAUUUUACUUUAUUUAUUUUCAUUUUUAUUAUACAUCAAUCAAGUCCAAGCAGAAUGUGUUGGAAAUUUAACCCGAAGAGACGAACCGAGAACCAACACGCUCGGAUGCUUUAUAAAAGACAACUUAUCCAAUGACACAUUAGAUGGUCUUACGAAAAUAAAUUUCUCAGAUCCAUACACUGACAGAGACAGAAUUCUAAUGGACCCAGGGUUAUGUAUAAUGUUUUGUGCCAACUACCUUUUCAAUUACAGUGCUCUAACGAGAGGAAGCGAAUGUCGAUGUGGAAAUCAAGAUGGUCUUAAAGCGUAUAUUCAAACCAGUAAUUCGUCUUGCAAUAUCCCUUGUGUCGGUAACAAUUCUUACUUUUGUGGUGGGCAGGAAGCAUACACAAUUUAUACCGCUGCAUUAACUAAAAACAAAAUUCCUCCAGGUGGAUUACCUCCUAUUAAUAAAAAACUAGAUAUAUUAAACAGUCCCAAAAAUGACAUCAGUUACAAAGGGUGUUUUAAAGACAGCCCAUAUUGCAACGUCAGACGUUUGGAUGGUAUACAAUUUGAGGAACAGAGUAUGACUGUAGAUAUGUGUACAAAAUAUUGCAGUCAGAAAAAUUACAAAUAUGCAGGUCUAGAGGAAGCGACUCAAUGUUUUUGCGGCAAUUCUUAUGAUAGCUUCACGGCCCUCGGUUCGGAAGACUGUGGUUCUAGUUGUGGUGGAAAUAGCUCCCAAAUUUGCGGAGGACCUUUGACUCUGAGUAUUUAUGAAGUAUUCACUAAUCCUGCGCCUUCUAAUCCAUCUCCUAACCUUUCAACCGAAGCUAUCACUAUCAUAGGCAUCAAAUAUUUUCUCGAUUUACCAAUUGAUAAUAACACCGAAGAAGUUGUUCAAGACUUAAUUGAAAAACUGAUACCUGGAAAUAAUAUAACAGUCAAUGAAUAUAUAACUGUGGAUUUAACAUUGAAAACCAGUGAAAUGUUGGAUGAUGAUGAUAUAAUUGCCUUGGUCUGUGGUGAUGAAAAUGUUGAAGAUAAUAAUAAAUUCCAAGUUGAGUCAAAAAUAACAACUAAAGAUACCAUUGACUCGGUUGACAAGUUAAUAAGUUUUUUAACAAAUAUUGAAGAGCAAUUUAAUGUUAAAUCACUAUUGAAAGGGCAAUUGAAGUCAAAAGAGGUGACAGAAUUUCCUCAUGUAGAAAUAACAACUGGUGAAAUUGAUUCUGAUGAUUUGAAUGAAGAAGAUGAGAGGAACAAAGAGAAGUCAAAUUGGGUAGUAUACUUGGCUCAGACUGAAAAAUUUUCUGAUAAUGCUAAAGCCAACAAAACUUCAGAUCAAAUUGAGGAAUUUUCUGAUGAUGUUAAAGCCAGAGAAAUUUUAGAUCAAACUAAGAGAUUUUCCAAUAAUACUAAAGCCAGAGAAGCUUCAAAUCAAGUAGUUCAUAUGGUAUCAAUUGAAGAUGGCAAGGAUGGAAAUGAUCAAACCAGCUGGU